GAUGGACGAGCAUCAGCGGCAAGGAGCGCUGCAUGUCAUUUCUCAUUAUUAAUUGCAACUGAACCUCGACUGAUCACGCGGACUGGUGCGCACCGGCAAGCAUCGGACGGCUUUUUCAAAGUGCAUUAUAUUUUUUGGGGGAAACGCGUUUAAAUAAUAAAAAAAACAUAGACUUUGCGGACUGAACGGUGGAUUUGUGCAACAUGCUUGCUGGAGACCAAGAGAGCAAUGACCGCUGGAGCCAUGUCCCCCCGCACACCCACAACGCCCCAUCCCCUGUGGUUCUUGCAGAGAUUACCCUCCCAUAGAGGAAAUGGGUGAUCAUCAUCAGGUCAAGACUUCCUUCCUCUUCAUCCAACUGCAGUCGCCCUCCAAGGCCAUCGGGCCGUCGUGUCCUGCCGACGCUGUCGACGCUGCCUCCAGAGAGGAAAACUCCAGCCCCACUUUUGCUGGAGAUGCCGAGCUGAGCAGCUGCGCCGACCGAGAAACCGGCUUCUGCUUGGAUGUCCUGAAAUCAGACUAUGAAGAUGGAACCCCUGAGUUCUUCAGGUCAGGCUCGUUGGAUCCAGCUGGAGUUUCGGCUGUAGCAGAGGGACACGCCGGCAACCAAGACGGUUCACUUUUGAACACAGUGAGAUCAGAAUUUGACGGCAAAAAUACGCCGCCGCGUUCUCCCGUUUGGAUCCUGCGCCAAGAUACACCUUCUGAAACAAGAGAAAAAGUCCAGUCUUCACCCAUGGAUACCGUGUCUUCAGCAUCUUCUUCUAGUGCUAUUUCAGGAGAAUCAGCCUUGAACAAGGUUCCAACUCAUGGAUUAUAUAUGGAAGAGCCAGUCAAACUCUUGGAAUUUGUGUACCCAGCUGAUGGUCAGCCUCCUGUGGAAAAAGCCACUAACGCGUGGUGCACUGAUGUCCCUGGCAGUAACUUAGAUGAUGCACCUUGCGAGGUGGAUGUGAGUAAAACAAAUAAGACUCUCCACAGGGAGAGUAAGACCUUCAUGUCUGCUGUCAUGGAGAGGUCUUCCAAGAUUCCUGGAAAUGCCUACAAGAAGUCAGGGGAUCAAAGCUCAUCGAUGGUAGAGACCGUUCCUCAACCACCUGGCAUAAUGAUGCCUCCUACUCAGACCACAAUAUCAGCAGCUACUCAGAGCUCUACGUCUAAAGGUCCCUCAACAAUGUUCAACCCUACAGUGAUUCAGAAGGCGGAAACGUUCGUUUGGGUGAACACCACUUCCCCGCAUGCUCAAAGUGUUGCACGGGCCAAGUACGACUUUCUCUUUGGCAAAGCAGACGAGCCAAGUUCGUCCGAAAGCGCAGCAGCUGCUGAAAACGCCCACAUUCUGCCAGAAGGAGGCAACGGUACUAAUUCGGAAGCAUCUGUCCAGCAUGGGGCGGCUGUCAGCACUGCAGGGGAGGUGGAAGAGGAGGAGGACCUUAACGAGACGUCACUCUUCCAAGAGAUCGACCGCGAGCUAGCAGACCUGCUCACCGACCUGGGGAAUAGGAGCCGGGACGCGGCGGUGCGCCGGUGUGCAGACGGAGACCCGGGGGCGGUCCCCCGCGAUAGCCACAGCGGGGCAGAGCCAGGCGGGGACGCGGCACCCGGGAGCGAAGGCUCGGAAAUUUCCAAAUUGGGAAAACCUGAGUCGCCCAUGACGACCGACCGCCUCUUUGAGUCAUGGACUGAGGCACUGAGGCAGGACACGCUCUCUCUCAGUUCAGCAGUGGCAGAGUUGCCACUCCCAAGCCCUGUGGUUAAUGGCAACACUGGCCAAGAGGACCCAGCGGACAGCCCAGCUCCUGCCGCCCUAACAUCUGGAGCCAGGAUGGACACGGAACCGCCUGCUGCAGCAGAACCAGGGAGCGACUGCUGCCUCCCCUCCCCUGGUCUCCUGGAUGAGCCCCUGGAGGAGUCCAGCAAGAUCCUGGCUGAAAUCCCCGGCAUCCUCACGGCCUUCCUGGAUGGAGGUCAGGCCAGGGAGAAGCCCCCCAAGAAGCUGCGAUUUAUGGAGAACAGGACCGACGGGCCGCAGGACUCUGGGCUUCCCGAGCUCCAUAAGGAUGGCCCACUUGCCCCCGGUGCUGAGCUGGCUGUGGGGGAGAACCCGGGCCCCAGGAUGAGCAAAGCCCUGGAGACUCUGGAGGCCCUAGAGAGGAGCCUGAGGAGCAGCACCUCCGAGCCGUCUCCUCUGCCCUUGGUGGGAGCCAUGGAGGACGAGGUGUUCAGGACCAUCCCGGAGGUGUGCAUAGAGAGCCCGGAAAAUGGCGAGCCGCCAGACGUGAGCUCCAGAGGCGAGGAAGUGACAGACGUCUUCAGCUCCCAGUUUGAGAGCAUCCUGGAGUCGGAGCGCCUCCAGGGGACACUCUACAGCAGCCUGGACUCCCUGGAUGCCCUGUCAUCCACCGACGAGUCGGACGCCUGCCCCAACACGGACAUGCCACUCACGCCCAUGAUCCAACAGCGGCUGAAGGAGGGUGGGCGCUUCCUGGAGGGCGAUACCGACACCGGCCAGCAGGAGGUGCUGAGCGUGACGACGACCAGCAGGAGCGGCAAGGCCGCACUCGAGCUCACCACGUCCUAUCUGGACGUGACCAGUGGGGGCGCCGUUAGCACCCACCGACUGGACCAGGCCCCGGACAAACAGUCUCUGGCAAACGGCGUGGUGGAGAAUGCAGAGCGCCAUCCGAAGGACUGGCUGCAGGGCUGCUUGAGCGAUGCGGGGCUGAAGGACAUGCUGGCGGACUGGGAUUCGGACAUGGGCAGCACGGAGGGGCUGCGGGCCAGUGUCGACACACUCCACAACGGCAGCCGCGGCGACCAGGACGCAGCCCGACGCCUGGCACGCCGCCUCUUCCACCUGGAGGGCUUCCGGCGCUCCGAUGUGGCCAAGCACCUCGGCAAGAACAACGAGUUCAGCAAGAUGGUCGCCGAAGAGUACCUCACCUUUUUCGAAUUUACAGGGAUGACUUUGGACCAAUCUCUCAGAUCCUUCUUGAAAGCUUUUGCACUAAUGGGUGAAACCCAGGAGAGAGAGCGUGUUUUGAUCCACUUCUCCAAUAGGUACUAUCAGUGUAAUCCCACCACCAUCUCAUCGCAAGAUGGGGUCCAUUGCCUUACCUGCGCUUUAAUGCUGCUGAAUACUGACCUUCAUGGCCAUAAUAUUGGGAAGAAGAUGACGUGCCAGGAAUUCAUCAAUAACCUUGACGGCUUGAACGGGGGGCAGGAUUUCCACAAGGAGCUACUGAAGGCCUUGUACAAUUCAAUCAAAAAUGAAAAACUGCAGUGGGCAAUAGAUGGUGAUGAGCUGAAGAAGUCCUUUUCCGAGCUCGCCGACAACAAGACGGACAGCGCGAACACGAAGAGCAUCAGCAGCGGUAACCCCUUCCUGAGCAUUUCGCACGACCCCAAUGCGGCCGUCUACAAAACCGGCUUCCUGGGGCGCAAGAUCCACGCCGACAUGGAUGGCAAGAAGACACCGAGAGGGAAGAGAGGAUGGAAAACAUUUUAUGCUGUUCUCAAAGGAAUGAUCCUUUACUUGCAGAAGGACGAGUAUAAGCCGGAGAAGGCCCUGUCCGAGGAGGACCUAAAGAACGCCAUCAGCGUGCACCACGCCCUGGCCCUGAAGGCCAUGGACUAUGAGAAGAAGCCCAAUGUCUUCAAGCUGAAGACGGCCGACUGGAGGGUCUUCCUCUUCCAGGCGCAGAGCCCCGAGGAGAUGGACUCCUGGAUCAGGAAGAUCAACUCUGUGGCAGCCGUCUUCUCUGCACCCUCCUUCCCGGCAGCCAUUGGCUCCCAGAGGAAGUUCAGCCGCCCCCUGCUGCCUGCAACCACCACGCGCAUGUCACAGGAGGAGCAGCUGAAAUCCCAUGAGGCUAAGCUGAAGCAUGUCUCCACGGAGCUUGCCGAGCACAAAUCCUACCCCCCAGAUAAGAAGGUCAAAGCCAAGGAGGUUGAUGAGUACCGACUUAAAGAGCACUACCUGGAGUUUGAGGAGAACCGGUACAACAUGUACGUGAAGCUCCUGAAGGAGGGGGUGAAGGACCUGCUGUCUGGGAAGGAGGCCGAAGCUGGGCUGAAGAAGUCGCAGUCGAGCCCGUCGCUGAACCAGGAGUCGCAGCCGGCUGUGGCCAAGGUGAAGCGGAAUAUCUCAGAGAGGAAGGACUACCGGCCCGAGGCCCCCAAGGUCACAUAGGAAGGACCCGCCGGCUGGAGACGGCUGCCCCGGCGCCGCCUGUGAAUACAUCCUGUGUAAUUUAUUUAUCGGCCCACUGUUGUACUGAAGACAGUUGUGUAAAAUGUAAAUGAUAACCGCCUCUCCCUAGACUGACUGGUGCUUGUGUAGCAUUUUGUAUGGAACAUCAUCCGUACGUAUGUGGUCUUUUUAUUUCAAGAUCGUUGAGUUUGCUGUCGGUGCUCCUGUUUGAGGCGUGACAUUUUUUUGAAAAAAAUUUUGUGAUGCAUUUUGUUCUCUGUUUCGCUGUAUCGUCCAGUCAGAUUUCCAGCUGUUUUUUUCCACCAUUGAGUCAAGAGGAAGGUUAUCUCCAAUUUAGGGGAAGAUUCUUGACCAACCUCUAUACAUAAAUAUAAAAAACAGAUCACAAAUUUAACCUGAUAUUUUAAUAUGUAGAUUUAAGUGUGGUGGUUGCAUUUAAUUUAAUUCAUGAUUUAACUGUACAAAUUUAAAGACACACAGGCCUCUAACGGCAACAGUGUCUCCCUGUUGGUUUUCAUUUUCCUUUUCCCCAACUUUCCUUCAUUUUAUGUGUAUAGUGAUUUGCAUCACAAUGUAAAUAUUGAGGUGUGAUGCAUCACUCAGUAGAGAGUUUUGUGUUCGGAGAUGAAGUCCUUUGCAUCUUGCAUAAAACACAUUAAAAAAGUAAAUCGAGAGCCUCCUGUAACAAUUCAUUAAAUUGUAAAAUUGCAUGUUAAAGUAGUUGAGCACCAUACUGAGACUAAAUAUAAUUUUGUAUUAUCAAUAAGGGAUAUUUUCAUAUCUGUCAGUCAGUAUAGUGUUGAUAUCAGUUACACCUACAGUACACUCCCUUUGAUGUCUUCAGACUGCAGUAUGUCAUUGAUGUACACUUAGGAAACCAUAGUCUCUCUAGCUGAGACAUUUAUUUUUUAUCCAUUUACAGCAAAGGAUAUAUUUAUGCUUUUUAAGUAGUGUAAAUGCCAAUGCUCCUUUUUUGUCUUUUAUAACCUUCUUAUGUAUUUCGAGUUUAAAUUCUAAUUUGAUAACUGUAUUGUUGUAAAGAUCUAAUUGGUGUUUAUAGUGCACUUUAUAAAUGAGUUCUUUUGAAUUUUUCAAAGAGCUUUAAGGAGUAGAAUGAUACAUUUCUUUACUGACAUCACAGGUUUUUCCAGGCAGAAAUUAACUUUUAUUUUAUUGAAGGUACUGAGCUGAAUGUACUUUUCGAUCAGCUCAACUCGAAAUGUCUUUGUUUUCAGUGGUUCGAUAGUUUUGCUGUUGUAGUUUGUUUAUUGACAAAGUUUCCUUUGAGGAAACUAUUCACAGUGCUGUAACAUUUAAAGUUGCAAUUAUUGCCUUUACUGAUGCUGUUAUUGAAUUAUAACGUCGCUCAGCGACAUUCCUGGCGCUGGAAAAUUAUGUGCGUUUUGGGACAAUAUUCUUCCAUUGGACCGUUCCAGAAUAUUUUCCUUUUUAAUUUGUUAUUUUUCUUCAUUUCAGACAUUUUGAACAAAACAUAUGUUUACACAUAUUUUGAUACAUUUUUUCAGAUUUUCAAUACACCGGUCAACAUGCAAACAUUAUUUUCACUUCUGUCUGUAAUUUGUUUCCAAAGUUUUUUUUUUUUUCCCCCCCUUUUGCUUGCUUUAGUAUAUUAUUCUUCGUGUCUCAGAUUUAUUGGCACUAUGACUUAUGGAGUAUUAUUACUUAUGGUGAAGUAAUGAUGAUGCUUUGUUUUAAUUUGCAGUAGAAAAAACUGUUCAAUCCUAGGGGUACAAUGUUUAAAGGUUCGACAUCUUUGGAACGAAUGUCGUGAAUCCAGAUGCCCCAUUCUGUAAAUUGAAGAUUUCAUUCGAAUUACAAUUUGGGCGUCUCACAUGAGGCCUGCUCCACAAAUCCAUGUUUUAUGUUAUGGAAGGUGUAUAGAAGUGCUCAGUUUUACGCCUUUGACACAUGCCCAAAACGAUCAGAGGUCUCAAUCAUCUUAUUCAUUUUGCUCUUUAAGCACACUAAUGCAAAAUGAGCCCCUCAUGAAUGAGCCAGUUUGUAAAUUAUGAUAUUGCAAUAGUGUUGCAUUGGUACAUUUGACACAUUGAUAUAUUAUGUGUUGUUGAUUGUACAGGUACAUUUCAGCAAGCUGUUUCUUUUCUUUGAUGUAUAAAGGAUUUAUGUGGAUGAAUUGCUUGUUUGUGGCACAUUUCUUUAAUAUAAAUACAAUGUAGCUUGUUGAUAGAGUGAAUCCGGUCUUUAUUAGUCAUUAGGUUGCAUUAUUUAAAAAUUGAAAUGUAAUUUUGAUGGUAACGUCCUCUCUCUCACUUCUGUUAUCCACAGUCAAGUUUUUUUUUUUUUUUAUGUGCAGCCAUAAGGAAGCAAUCAGACCUCAUAUAAACAAUUAACUUUCAAGCAGUUUUGCUAUUUAUCAGAUCUUUGAAGCGUUUUCUCUCAUUUUGCAAAAAAAAAAAAAAAGUCAGUAUAAUUUAAUGCUGUUCUUCACAAGUAUUCUUUAUACGGGUUACAAUUUGUGAUCAACUUGGAGGGAUGUUUCCAUUCGAAUGUCUCUCAAAAACAGAAGAGAUGGUGCCAGCUUAAUUGCUGUUAAUCACAAAGAAACACCAAUCAUCUUAUUUCCAUGGGACAGACGACAGGGAGCAACUGAAGCUACAGGUGCUCUGGAAUCUAAAUGUUCUGCGAUGGACUGUAAUGUACCUUAGCAUCUGAACGUAAGCAUCAAAGUUUCUCUCAAUGCUGUGAUCCUGUACAAUCCUUUAACUGUGUAAAUGUUAACUAUAACUGUCGCCCUGUGUUUCAAGAGGCAGAGGAUCGCAUUGUUGGUCGCUCAAGUGAUUUAACCUGCUCAUAGCGUGUCUUAAGCUCUCACGCCGGCAAUACGUCGUUGGUGGUAUACAAGCUGUAGAUGGAUUCAACAAAUAAAAUAAUGUAUUUAAUUGAA